AUGGUACAAAUAAAUAACAUUGUAGUAUUAUCCAUUGUUGAGUAUUGUUCUCAAAAUAAUUUAAAGCUGUUUGAUUUGUUAGCCCGUGAACAUCAAGGGGACGCUGCGAUGUCUCUGGCUCGAGGAACUUUGAUUUUUCUUCUUUUAGCUCUUUGGGCUAGAGUAACAUCACAGGACAUGCUACCGCCAGGCUUUCCUUCGCUGCCUGAAGACUUUCAGGAAAUGGCCAAGAAGACGAUGAUUAUGUGCUUCAAGAAAGGUUACUCUCCACCCACCCUAAACAACUCCAUGUUGAACAGCUCUUUCUCCAGGCCAGAUGAAAUGGCAAUGGGAAACCCCAUGUUCCUUUUUGCUUCCCUUCUGUCUUCACUCCCUCCACCCUCUUCCUCCAUCUUGAAGCCUAAUGAAACAGAACAAGCCAUGAACAUCACAGAGAAAAUGUGCAACACUUCAAAUCUGCCACAAAUGAUUGAGCGCAUGUGGAACACCACGGAGAAGGCACACUGUUUCAUGCGAGCAUUCUUGGCUCCUCUCUCCUGGGUGGCCAUCGUACAGAAUGCUACACAGUUUGACCCAGAGCAGCUCAGAAAGCUGUUGUGGGCAGCUAAACCCUUCCUAGAGAUGUCACGAACUUCUCUAAUGCUGCCGCCGACACUGCAGGGCUCUCAGCUCGCUGAAAUGAUGAAGACAUUCAAUGAGGUCUAUGUCUUCCUUUCAGAAGAGCAAAGGAAUGAUAUCAGACAAUGGAUAAAAAAGAGAGUCACAGAAACCGAUCCCAGUUGUGUUCCAAAUAAUACACUUCCUGGUGUUCUCAAACCGCCAAGGCCAGUACAACAUGACAUGCUUAAUUCUUCAGUUUCCGUCUGUAAACCCAAAAUGCCUUGGCUGAGGGCUAAGGUGCUGACGAUGAUGGGACGUUUCAUUUCACAACUGCCUAUGGAAGAAAUUAGCCACAUACCUCCAAAAGAGUUGUGUACGUUCUUCCAGUCUCCCGACUUCCCAUUUUCAUUCAAAAAUGUCAGUGGGAUGCAGACUGUGAUUGCCCAGACACUAAUGAAACAAUUAAAGCAACGGUGUUUCAAUGCCAAACAGAACUUCAUCGACCAAAUGGACAGGCUUGGAGAUCUCCUCUGUUUCUAUGAUGAACCUCAGUCGCUGAAUGCGACACUAAUUAAGAAGCUGCUCCCCAAGCUGGAGGGCUGUGAACCCAGAAGAAUUGAUAAGAUGAGAAAGCAGUUGGUGAGGAAGCUGAUGUCAGAUGGCGAAUCUCCCACCUCUGAAAUGCUGCAUUCUCUGGGCUCUGGGAUAUCAGUUCUCUCUCCUUCUAUACUGUCCAGUUUCAGCAGUGAUAUUCUGAAUACAAUUUCCCACCUGAGUCAAACAGAAUGGAAGCCAGCUCAGGCCAAAAUCCUGGCCAGGAAAUUAUUGGAUGAGAACAUCAAUGGUGAGAAAUUGUUGUCCUUGGGCUCAGUGGUGAGAGGUGUAGACAGUGACCUGCUCAAGAAUGUCAAGGCACUGGGCCUGCUGGGAAGUGAGGGCCUGAAAAAUAUAAGUCAGAUGUUGUCUCCUUUACAGAAAAAGGCUCUACUUGUGGGGAUGCGUGCUGAUGUGAAUGCAAGUUAUUUGGUGAAGGAAGUUCCAGAUGCUCUUAUCAGCUCUCUCUCCCUCUCCAUCCUUGACAAAGCAAACCUUAAUUCUCUGGAUCAGCUGGAGGGCCGCAGUUGGUCCGACACACAGUCUGUUUACCUGUUGAAGAAGAUUAUAGGUCAUGGGCUGAAACCUGAGCACAUAAGAAAGCUGGGCCAAGCUGUUCAGGGCGUAACUUGUGACAUGAUUGAUGGUAUUAGUCAGAAUGAUACCUUGGAAGCGACUCAAGCACUUGCCAAGUCUUAUAACUUCCUCUCUAGGACACAGGUGCGCUGCAUGGCUAGCAAACUGUUCCAGAGUCUGGAGAAGCAAAGGCCUGGAUACUCCACAAACAUCAGCAAAUCGGAGCUCCAGGCCAUUCCAGCUCUGCUGCUCAUCCACCUACCGGUACAGGUGAUUCAGAAUCUCCCAGCCUCCUUGUGUCCUUAUUUCCUGGAGAAGAUAAGUCAAGCCAACCUUUCAUCCCUACCAAACAGUGCACCAUCACGCCGGGAACUUAGAAACAAAGCCCUCAGCUGCCUGGGAAAGAACGCAUCUGCAGUGUCUGCAGCGGAUAUCUCAUCUUUGGGUCCACUAGUGUGUGAACUGGACCCGGCCUGGAUCUCCUCUCUGAAACCUGAUGCUCUGAACUUCACUGUGCAGUCCCUGACGUCCUGCAAGCACAUUCCCCGGCCUUACCGAGGACCUCUAUUCACUCUGCUUACAGAUCUCUAUGGGGCCCCAUCUAAUUGGUCAGAGGAUGUCACAAGGUCAUUGGGACCCCUCAUAUUACUGAAUGAUGCCGUCCUUGAGGCAUUGUCUUUUAAGAGCUGGCUGAAGGAAUCUUUGUCAGAUCUGCAACACAACAUGGAGGCUCAGUUUGGAGGUUUGGCCCCAGAGGAGUUUCGUGCCUGGCCCGAUUUUUCAGCUCUCCAGAGCAAACUGUUUUACCUGAAAACUAAAUUCACCCAGCAGCGGCGCAGGAGAGAGACACUGGUACCUACUCUAGAGCUGAUUGAGGAUCUAAGUGAGGAAAAUGUGUUCUGGAGCCCUGCUCAGCUGUCCAGCAUGACGGUCUCAACUUUCAUAGAUUCUGUGUCAAUCCUGGGAGAGAUUCAUAACUAUAGUAUAGAACAACUGGCAGCGCUGAGAGACAAAGCUAUAGAGGCAUGGUAUGAUGUGUCGAUGCUUAACGAAUCUGAGAUCAUUGAGAUGGGUUGUGUCUCUCAGUGUUUUAAUGCUAAACAACUCCAAAACCUUUCCAUCACCUCACUGGAUACUCUGGACCUUCUGUCCGUCUGCCAGUGGAACCAAACGCAGAAGGAAGCGGUUUUGCGGGGUUUUGUAACAAGAACUGGAAUGAGAAUGGCGAACCUGAGUGCAUUUGAAAUGGCAGGCCUGGGUCAGUUUAUCUGCGGGCUGCAGCCUAACGAAACCGAGCAGCUUGAUCCUACAGAAUUCAAAGAUGCCGUGGGUGACGUCGGCCAUGCUUCUUGUUCUGUGAACGUCCUGGAGCAUUUGAAGAAAAAAGCUGUUGCUGCAUUUGGUGACCCAAAAGACUGGAGCGAAGCUGAUGUUAGCGUCAUGGGCAACAUAAUUGCCGGCCUGAAUGCCACUGAGCUGAGACGUCUAAACUGCUCAGUUAUGUCAUUCAUCCGUCAGUCUGCCAUUCCUCUCAUCCCUCCUGAACGUUUGGCGGAACUGUCAUUGAUGCAGCUGAAGGCUUUGGGUCCGGACAAUGCAGCAGCGAUAACACCGUCUCAGCAUGACGCACUGGGAUUACAGCAGAGAGCAGCUAUAAAUGAAACAAUGGGACUGGUGGCACAAAUCUCUGAAACCACACCACCACUGCAACUGAAAGGAGGGGCACCAAAACAAAGCAUAUUGGGAAUUGCAGUCCUUCUGCAACCCCUUGUGUUGCUGCUGUUGGGAUUUAUUCGCUAAGAAGCACAUCACUGAGAAGCUAGCUGGGAAUAUUUAUACCACUAUCUCCCAGAUAGAUGGGACAACUAAUGCAUUAACCUGCCAUUGUUAGCUUCGCUGACAUGGAAAGAAAAUAUAUUACUGUUGAAAGUUAAGUAGUCUGAUCUAGUUAAAUCAAGCCGUCAUUAAGUCACUAUAAGAUCAAUGAAUCCACCUGAGGGAAGCAAACAAACAAUGGCACCUUUCUACUGCAUUUAGCUCUUCUAUAACCUUUUAACCAUUUGCUCAGUCUGGAGGAGUGCACCAUAGUGAUUAUGUGGCAGUUUGAGAAAGAUUGGAUCCAGAUUUCAGCAAAAAUAUAAUACGUUUGGAUUGAUUGUUAUUCUAUUCUAAACUGAAUGCUUCAAAUCUAGAUUUAUGGGUACACUACCGUUCAAAAGUUUGGGGUCACUUUGAAAUGUCCUUAUUUUUGAAAGAAAAGCACUGUUCUUUUCAAUGAAGAUCACUUUAAACUAAUCAGAAAUCCACUCUAUACAUUGCUAAUGUGGUAAAUGACUAUUCUAGCUGCAAAUGUGUGGUUUUUGGUGCAAUAUCUCCAUAGGUGUAUAGAGGCCCAUUUCCAGCAACUCUCACUCCAGUGUUCUAAUGGUACAAUGUGUUUGCUCAUUGCCUCAGAAGGCUAAUGGAUGAUUAGAAAACCCUUGUACAAUCAUGUUAGCACAGCUGAAAACAGUUGAGCUCUUUAGAGAAGCUAUAAAACUGACCUUCCUUUGAGCAGAUCGAGUUUCUGGAGCAUCACAUUUGUGGGGUCGAUUAAAUGCUCAAAAUGACCAGAAAAAUGUCUCGACUAUAUUUUCGAUUCAUUUUACAACUUAUGGUGGGAAAUAAAAGUGUGACUUUUCAUGGAAAACACAAAAUUGUCUGGGUGACCCCAAACUUUUGAACGGUAGUGUAUACCAGGUAUAUAUUUCAU